AUGUUCAAAGGCCACGAACGUCAGCGCGAGGCCGGCGUCUUGCCUGAGCAGCAGGCUCUGAACUCACAGCCUGCUAUUGCGCAGAAUGCCGCCACUGCCAGUUGUGAGGAUCCAGCUCUCGCGCCAGGAGGAGAAUCUGUUCGGGUCCUGAAUCAGGAUCCCGCGAUGGAACCAAGAUUGGACGAUGCAACUCGUACCGGAACGGGCGACCAGUCGUCUUUAGGCACACGCCGUCCCCAGCAGCCUCGCGCCAUGAUUUCCGACGAUGGGCCUGAGCAUGUUGAUGCCCACGCCAACGAUGCUCCCACCGUGAGCCAUGAACUUGCAGACCAAGCCGCCAACAAACCCCUUGAAGAGAAAGGAUACGCCGAGAUCAACCACGGAGAGAUCGAAGUGAAGAAUCUUGGCUGGAACACGGAUAACGCAAACAACGUCCCUAGUCCUCUAGUCGGUGGCCUGUCAAAUGAAGAGCUCUGGGUUCUGGUCCGCCGUUUUGACAAACAGCUGUUCCACGUCAAGGCUAUCCCAGAGGCACCGUUGGCUGAGUUGGAUCUGAAUAUUGCCGACGAGGAGGAAUUUUCUCCUGAUAAGUUGCGCUCUCACAUUGAACGACUGUACAUGACGGUACUCGUUGGCCUGUUUUCUUUCUGGAAACAGAUCGUUCGCCUGCGAUCGUGGCGCGAGUACCGGCGCACAUCUGCCUUCCUGGCCGUCUACGGUGUCGCCUGGCUCUUCAAUAUCCUUCUUCCAACAUUCCUUAUCUUCCUGGGUACUCUAAUUCUUUACUCACCAGCGAGGAGCUUCUGCUUCCCACCGGCACCUCCAUCCCUCAUCGACAGUUCUACUGGUGGCGUCAAGACGCCGUCGGCAGGCCUACUCGCCUCCGACGACUCCGUCACCGGUGCCCCUCAGCAGUUCCAAGGCGAGGCGGUUGAGAAAGAAGCCCACAGCUUCGUCACUAGCAUCUCCUCGCUCGUCGUUUCCACGGCAGCGGGGAAGCAACCUCAAGGCGAUCCUCCCCAAAACUCCUCCAUGGACGCGAACCUCGAAGCUGCCCCGGACCCGGCUGACGUUGCUGAAGAUAUCGUUGACGCCAAGGAUAAGACAGGCGGCGAAAAGCCGGGCACUCACGACAAGACGAAGAAACCCGUAACCCGCAACGUCUGGGACAAGGCGAGACCUGUGAUGCAUGGUAUUGCCGAUUUCGUCGAUACAUACGAGAGAUUCGGCAACGCGCUUAGUCCUACAGCGCCAUUCCACACACACAGGCCGCGUCUGAUUCUCGCCAGCGUCUUGUUGCCCCUUUUCUUUGCCUCUUUGCUCGUGACUCCUCACAUGGCGGCGAAGGGCUUCGGCUUUAUCGUUGGCUUCAGCUUCUUCGGGGACCCGGUCAUCCAGCGUGGCAUUGCUUUUGUCGAAAGAAAGGUGCCAGAUUGGCAGAAGUACAUUGAAUUGCGCAACACACUUCUCAAGGGUAUCCCCACGAACGCUCAGCUUACCAUCACCCUCCUCCGUAUCGGUGAACGCAACAAGGCACCCCUACCCCCUCCGCCGCAUUCCGACCAAGCUCCCGCCGAUCAGCCGCACGAGACUGCCGGCGAAGGUCUCGAACAUUUAGGCGUAGACCAAGAAGAGAUCGACGAAGCCGUGCAGCCCGACGAGGAGCUCCUUGCGCCUGCCGAGUCAGAGACGCCCGAAAAGAAGCAAAAGAAAGGGCACCGCAUCGUCAACUUCAUCAAGUCAACAGCCAAGGGCGGCAUCAACACAACCCUCACUGCUAAUAAGGUCAAGGCGAAAGUUGGCAGUCACCACGCCAAGGACAGGCUCGGCGUCGUAAAAAAGGUUGACCAGCCUGAUCCGGCCAAAGGCCCCGUGCGCUUCCCAGCACGCUACGGUGGAAAGCGCGGUCACGCAUACAUCACAGCUACGGCAACGACGCCUGCUCUGAGCUGGACGUCAGAGAAGGAAGAUGCGCAUCCGAAGUGGAGCGUGACAGUCGGAGAGAUUGCGGAAAUUCAGAAGCUUGGCGGUCUGGGCUGGAAGUCUAAGAUUGUGGUUGGAUGGGCGACCAACCGUGAAGUUGCAGACUCACUUCUCAUUAAGGAUGACAUUGGCAACGAGUAUCAUCUUACUGCCAUUGAGACCAGAGAUGAACUCUUCAAUAGGCUUGUUGCUAUGGGAUCGCAGAUGUGGGAGGCUUGGUAA